GUGGCGGUAGGACUUGUACGCGGCAGCAGGAAGUGAUCUCGUGGUCGCGCUCCCCUACUCGGGGUCACUAAUCGCCCGUGUGGAUUACCGGCGCAAGGAUAGUGCUGGAUUCCUACUGUGAACUUUUAUAUUAUAUGCUACUCCGAACCGUCCAUCUCAACUAGAAAGGAACAACGACCAAUAAGUUAUCAAAAUGGCCGCGAUGAGCCGCGGCCUGGCCACUGCGCUCCUCCUGGCCACCGCGCUGUGCCGCCUGGCUCAGGGACAGCACGGAAUCGCAGAGUCCAGGGCCCUUCGCGUCCAGGGCGCUCUCGAUACGCAUGGCUUCCACGGUGUCCAGAGGUUUCGGCAACUCCUGAAGAUUCACGAGAACCGCCACAAUCUUCCCGGGGGCGUGAUACUUGCGCGCCCCCCUCAGGUGCCGCCGCCCCAUCCCGCCACCCACGAGUUCUUCACGACUCCAGACCUAUCAUUCCCUGUAAACUCGUCGAGUCUUACGCGACUCCCCGUGGCAGACACACCCAUCUCUCCUCAUGAGCAUCACCACCAGGAGGCGCAGGGAUCUCCAGGACUCUCGGCCGCUCCAGAGGCGCCAACACUCCUGGAUCACUCCGACGCUUCUCCGCCAACCACGUCCCCACAUGGCGUUCCCCAGACACCCCCAGCUGCCCUGCCAUUCCCCGAGUCGCAGGCGCCCGCACACUCCCUGUCUCACUUCGAGUCUACAAGAGUGGCCCAGCCAUCUCCCGAGGCCCCGAGAGCGCCCGAGAUCCCGGCCCAUCUGCCCCUCGACCUCGUCAGCCGCCUCAAGGAGUACCCCUCCCUGGAGGAGUCCCUCAAUCAGGCGCCGUUACCCGCCUCCAUGCACACUUUCUUCGAACCAACAAUACAGGUCAGGGCCGAGGAGGUCACUGAUGAGGAGUGGGAUCAGUACCUGGAGAGCGAGUGGGAGAGCCAUGGCAUCGUACCCUCCUUCCUGCCCCGCCCCCCUCCGUACCUCAUCAACGUGAACUAUGGCGACCACUUGUGCGUGCACUUGGGUUCACUUAUGACGCCGGCCCAGGCAAGACAUCAACCCAAGGCUUUGCAGUUCCCGGGGGAGUCGGGUCGGCACUACGCCCUUCUGCUGCUGGACUUGGACCGCCCUCCGAAGCCCUACGUCAACUGGAUGCUGGUCAAUAUCCCUCACAAGCAGCCGCAGAAGGGUACGGAGGUGGUGCAGUACGACCCUCCACGACCUGCUCAGGGAUCGGGUUCUCAUCGUGUGGUGUUUCUGCUGUACCUCCAGCAGGCCGCCAUCCCUUCUGACGACCCUGCACUGCCUAAGGCUAGGUCAUGCCAGAAAUCCGGUCGUGAGAUCGUGGAUCUGGACGCGAUGUCACGUGACCUGGGGCUGAAGGGUCCCGUGGCAGGGAACUAUUUCCUGGCCGAGUGGGACGUCACGGUCGAACACAGCUGCACUCCGCCGCGCCGGUAGUGCACUCGCGCCCCCACCUGCCUCCAGUUCGUACAGCUUACUUGCCUGUCUACAAAAUUCGCUUAAUCUAGAGAUGCAAAGUGUGCCCGACAUGCUGCUGCAUCCAUCCAUCCCCGUCACAGCUGGUGGCAUCGUCAACGGCCCUCACCAUCACCCUUGCAAAUCCGUUGUCUCGGUAAUUCCCAUAUUUAAAAGUGCUAUCGAAUCCCAUUCUGAUGGAAUUUAAUAAAUAAUUAAUUCAUAGUUGGAGUAAUUAGUUUUAAAAGCAGGCAAUGUAUCGAUUUGCACGGUGGGUACAAAUCAUAUCAAAAACGAAUUAUCUAGUCUUACCAUACACAAUUACAUUGCAAAAACAAACAAUUAUUAUUACAUAGUGUAACCCAAAUAAAAAAUAUAUAUGCAAAUAUACAUAAGACUAAUUGCUUUAGUCAUAUUUAUAAAUACACAGAAUAAACAUUCGAAUAAAUAUAAGA